CGCUUCGCAAUGUUUAUCAAUAAGAAUUAUGAGCGCGACAUCAAGUACACGUACAAGUUGAAUCAAUUUGUUUUUUCUCUGCUGGGUAUCUGGCCAUACGCGCGAGCGCGAACGAACUUCUGGCUUCCGCAGGAGCUAAAGAGAAUCGCACUGCUCCUGGGAUGGUAUUUUCUUCUCUGUAGCGAUCUAAUUUCUAUGCUUCUUUAUGUAUUCAUGGUGCAGAAGGAGACUAACGCGAGGCUCAAAGUUAUAGCCGCCAUGAUAUACUCGAUCGUGACGAUCUUCAAGUAUAGCAAUCUGGUGUACAUCAAGAAUCGAGUGAGAAAUUACUUGGUGCGCGUCGAGGAGGAUUUUCGGAGCGUCCAUAGUCCGGCUGCGCGCAACACGAUGCUCUUCCACAUGAAAACCAGCAGACGUUUGUUCAUCCUGUGCAGUAUAUUCAUGUACUCUGCCGGAAUAGCGUAUCGAGUGAUUAUACCGGUCUCGAAAGGGAAGAUCGUCACCGCUGAGAACAUUACAAUCAGACCCUUGCCGUGUGCCGCUCAUUUCAUAGUGUUCGAUCCGCAGAUCAGCCCGGCUUACGAAAUCGUGUUCUUCGUACAAUGUUUUACGGCGUUCAUCAAGAACACGAUCACAGUGGCGGCUUGCGGGAUCGCCGCACUCUUCACGAUGCACAUCGUCGCACAGUUGGAUAUUCUAAUGGCGGCAAUGAACAAUUUGACAAGUGAGACCAAACUUGAGAAUGUGAACAGAGAAUUAGCGGUUAUCGUGGAGCAUCAAAUGAAAACGCGAGAGUAACUAAUCCGUUUCUUUCUGCAUGCAUCUAUGGACACGUACGCUUAUUGUUAUUUUUAUGUGUAGUGCAAUUUUAUGAGUCAGUUAAAAACACAUAAAAACACAUGACAGGAUGCUUUAAUAUGAUAAAUAUUGUGCGAAGAAUGUUCGAUUGUACUUGUUUGACAUUUAAUUUGCAAUAUAUUCCAGUUUGAUUCGCAUGGUGCAAGAAGUUAUUCAGUUUUCAAGUCUGGUAGAAGUCGUAACAUGUAGUUUUCUGGUAUGUUUUUUAUCGUAUUAUCUUCUCAUGGUACGUAAAACUUAUCGUGCAGAUUGUGGAGGUAUACAUGUAACAAUAAUUUAAUUACACUUGCCCAUGUGCUUUGCUUCGCAAUUCAGGAAUGGGAAGACAGCAAUGCCAUAGCUAUGUGUUCGUACUUCAUCACAAUCUUGUCGUUUAGUUUCAACGUAUUUAUAUAUUGUUUUAUUGGCGAACAGCUGUCUGAAAAGGCAUGUACAUUACAUUGUUGCGCUAUGUACGAGGGUGGUCCGAUAAGUAC